UUUGACGACCUCUGCUUGACAACUAUUCCCCACAGAGAUUUUAUGCGCAUGUACAUAAAUAUGAAGCACGUGGAACUCCUUCCUUUUCACUAAUCAUCAUGGCUGUCGGUAAGAACAAGAGGCUAACCAAGGGGAAGAAGGGAUCAAAAAAAAAGAUAAUUGAUCCCUUUACCAAGAAGGACUGGUAUGAUGUCAAAGCCCCGUCCAUGUUUGCAGUCAGAAACAUUGGCAAGACUUUAGUCACCAGAACUCAAGGAAAAAAGCUUGCCAGUGAUGGACUCAAGGGUAGAGUAUUUGAGGUUUCUCUAGCUGACCUCCAAAAUGACGAGCAAUCAUUCAGAAAGUUCCGUCUGAUCUCAGAAGAUAUCCAGGGGAAAAGUGUCCUCACUAACUUCCAUGGAAUGACAAUGACAACCGACAAGCUUCGUGCUCUUGUCAAGAAAUGGCAGACACUGAUUGAAGCUAAUGUUGAUGUGAAGACAACUGAUGGAUACCUCCUGCGAGUGUUUUGCAUUGGAUUCACAAAGAGACAACCCAACCAGAUCAAGAAAACCUCUUAUGCCAAGUCAUCACAGUGCAGGCAAAUUCGCAAGAAGAUGGUGGAGACGAUGAAUCGAGAGAUCAGUCAGAUCGACCUCAAGGAGACAGUCAACAAACUGAUCCCGGACAGUAUUGGCAAGGAUAUUGAGAAGAGAUGUCAGUCCAUCUACCCUCUGCAUGAUGUCUUUAUAAGAAAAGUCAAAGUCCUCAAGAAACCCAAGUUUGAUGUUGGUAGAUUAUUGGACCUCCACGGUGAUAGUGCCUCAGGGAAGGGAGGCACUGAUACUUUCGAGCCACCUGUACUGGAGAGCGUCUAGAACAGUCUAGGAACAGUUACAUUGAUGAGUGUGUUGUCUUGUUGAAGAGAAUUUUAUGAUGUCUCAUUUCAAUUGUUGACCAAAAUGUCUGUCAAGAGAAUUGUCUGUGUUUACUGUCAA